AUGACCACAUAUACCCGCGACCAAGUUCGCACACACAAAACGGACGAUUCAACAUGGUGCAUCAUAGACAGCAUAGUGUACGACCUGACGGACUUCCUGGACGCACACCCCGGAGGCGAGGCCGUUCUGCGACAGGUGGCGGGCCAGGACGCCACCGACGCCUUCUACAACCUCCACCGGCACGAGGUUCUGGACCGGUACGCCUCCCUGGCCGUGGGCAGCGUCGCAGGCGAGGCACGGCAGGUGGUUGUGCGGCAGCCCGGCGAGACCAGCCCGGUGCCGUAUUCGGAGCCCCUCUGGCUCACCCGCCCCUUCCGGUCGCCCUACUACGACGAGAGCCACGCGCGGCUGCAGCGGGCGGCCCGCGACUUCACCGACCGCCACCUCCUGCCCGAGGCGGACGAGUGCGAGCUCACGGGGCGGUACAUGAGCGAUGAGAUGGUGCGGCGCAUGGAGCGUAACGGCAUCCUGCGCAUGCGCCUCGGACCGGGUCCCCACCUCCACGGGCGCGACCUCUUUGACGGGGCCGUCGACGGCCGCAGCUUCAAUUACUUCCACAUGCUCGUCCUGGCACAGGAGAUGGCGCGCACCAUGACCCGGGGCUUCCAGGACGGCAACAUGGCCGGCAUGACGAUCGGGCUCACCGCCGUGCUCAACUGGAUGCCCGAUUCACCGCUGAAGACGGACGUGUGCGACAGCGUGUUCUCGGGCCGGAAGAAGAUCUGUCUGGCCAUAACGGAGGCAUUCGCUGGCUCGGAUGUCGCGGGGGUGCGUACCGCGGCCCAAAAGACGCCUGACGGGAAAUUCUUUAUUGUUAAUGGAACAAAGAAGUGGAUCACCAAUGGCACCUUUAGCGACUUCUUCGUCACCCUGGUCCGCACCGGGCAGGCAAACGAUGCCUUUACCGUUCUGCUGAUCCCCCGCUCCGAGGGCGUCGAGACGAAGCCCAUCCGAACGUCGUAUUCGGCCUCGGCAGGCACUGCCUUUGUCACGUACGACAAUGUCAGGGUGCCGGUGGAGAAUGUCGUCGGCCAAGAGAACAGCGGGCUUCGAGUCAUCUUUUCCAAUUUCAAUCAUGAGCGGUGGGCCAUGGUCUGCACCGUCACGUCCCAAUGCCGGCUUGUCGUUGAAGAGUCUCUCAAAUGGGCCAAUCAGCGCGCCAUGGCUGGAAAGCGUCUGAUCGACCAACCAGUCGUCCGUCAAAAACUUGCAAAGAUGAUUGCCCUGACAGAGGCCAAUCAGGCCUGGCUCGAGACGAUCACGCAUCAGAUGUGCAUGAUGCCCUACGCCGAGCAGGUCAAGCACCUCGCCGGACCCAUCGGGCUCCUCAAGAUGAGCGCCACCCGCGCUGCACACGAGGUUGCCGACGAGGCCGUGCAGAUCUGGGGCGGGCGCGGCGUCACCCAGACGGGCAUGGGUCGCAAGAUAGAGGCCUUCCACCGGACCUACAAAUUCGAUGCCAUCCUGGGCGGGGCCGAAGAAGUCGUCGCCGACCUGGGAGUGCGGCAGGCCGUCAAGAACUUCCCCAAGGCUAGGCUAUAA